UGUGAUUGCGUCCUGGAGACCGGUAGCGCUUGCAGCAUGGCUGACCAACUGACUGAAGAGCAGAUUGCAGAAUUCUAAGAAGCUUUUUCACUAUUUGACAAGGAUGGUGAUGGGACUAUAACAACAAAGGAAUUGGGAACUGUAAUGAAGUCUCUUGGGCAGAAUCCCACAGAAGCAGAGUUACAGGACAUGAUUAAUGAAGUAGAUGCUGAUGGUAAUGGCACAAUUGACUUCCCGGAAUUUCUGACAAUGAUUGCAAGAAAAAUGAAAGAUACAGACAGUGAAGAAGAAAUUAGAGAAGCAUUCCGUGUGUUUGAUAAGGAUGGCAAUGGCUAUAUUAGUGCAGCAGAGCUCCGCCAUGUGAUGACAAACCUUAGAGAGAAGUUAACAGAUGAAGAGGUUGAUGAAAUGAUCAGGGAAGCAGAUAUUGAUGGUGAUGGUCAAGUAAACUAUGAAGAGUUUGUACAAAUGAUAACAGCAAAGUGCAGACAUUGUACAGAAUGUGUUAAAUUUCUUGUACAAAAUUGUUUAUUUGCCUUUUCUUUGUUUGUAACUUAUCUGUAAAAGGUUUCCCCCUACUG